GGUUUGUGUCUCUUAUGCCUCGGGAAACCAUGAUCAAUGUCAUCAGCCGACAUUGCAACGAGGUCUCCGAGACGUCCAAGUCUUGAUCACAACGCGACCCAAUUCUCCUAUCUCAUCCUGUGCCUCAUUGGAUCUCUAAAAAUUAGACAUGACACGAUGCUGAAAUCCAGCUUUGCGUUUGUUCGUUGAAAAUGGACAAAAUGCGCAGAAGGAAGCUGCGCCGGCCGCUUCCAUCGUGCCUGCUUUUACCAGCAGAGUACCAAGCCUCAGCUGCCCAGAGAGUAACAUGCGAAUGAUAUCCAGAUCUCCCUUGUGGCGUCUCCUCCACUCACUGUACCUAUGUUUUGAGUGUGAGGAUUUUAUGGCGAUCCUAGGUCGACCUUUUGUGAACCAGGAUGCAAGGACGCCUACUCGUCAUGCUCGCAUUACUUUGUAGUGCCAUGUACACUCUCCAAUCGAGCUCUCCCUUUGUGUGCUCUCCGGAACCUUCCAUCGCUGUAUCAGCAUUACUGCCGUCACUAUCCAAAGUGGUGCCGGCAUCAACACCAUCAUCAACCGCACCGAAGGGGAUUCAUUCAUGGCCAAAGGAUAGAUGGGACAGCAUCUACAAUUUCUUCAAAGAUAAACUCCAUAUUCAGCAACUGAGCCUCAGAGAAAAUGACCGAUUGAAUGUCGAGCUGAGCGAUGAGGUCGAUACUUCCGAAGAUUCCAAGCGCUUAGAUAUCACCAUUGCCUCGGGGGACUCGACAAAACACCGAUCAUUGACUGGGAUGGAGACACGCGCAGAAUCUGCAAAGUCGCGCAGAUUGGCUUCAAAAACCCAUGGCACGCGUAUGCCAACAGCAUUGUACAAGAGAACCGCGAGCUCAACAGUGGACUCUGUGACACCAACACCGUCGCAUAAGUCCUUUCUCAAGCAUUGGAGCUACAAGAAGAGCUCCAUUGCUGCCGCGGUAAUAUUCAUAGUUAUUACCACUGUGGCGUUUAUAGCCCUGACCGUCCUCCUCAUCAGAAGGCUCCGACAAUCCUGGAAGCGAUACAAGAAAGGGAAACGCGAUUUCGCGAAUUCUAAAUACGCUGCAAUAUCUCCUCUGGACGACAACAUUGCUAACUACUCAUUUGGCAGCACGCCGAAAAUCAGACGCAGCCGCGAAUUGUCGAUAUCUGACAAGAGCCGUUCAACUACCAAGGCAUACGUCGCGGAAGAGGCGACGAGACUGGAAGCGGUGACCCGAGCAUUUUGCGCACACGCAGAUGCUGUGCCGGUUUCGCCUCUUGGCUCAUUUGCUGCUCCGAAGCAGUCAGAAGCCAGGCUCCCACAAGCGUCUAUGCCAGAGCGCCCAGGCAAAUCCGAAUCGCCAGCGGAGCCAUGGCGGGCCGGCUUUGUUCCAAAGCAAGUGGUCGUUGUGUCGCCUUUGAAUCGAAUGGUGUCAGGAAAAGCAGCAGAGAUUGGGUGGCAAUCAUCGUUGAGAACUAUCGAUGAUUUAAGCUUGCCUAAGCCGGAAGCAGGCCCUCAAAGGCCACACCGAAAAGCUCGGCGCGAAGUCCGCAACCCAACUCCGUCUACAGACCAACCUUUCCGUCUUCCAUCAAUCGAGAGAAGCACAUCACCUCUUUUCGAAUUCUGAAUGUACAUGCCACUUCGUUCAAGCGUUCUCAUCCUCACGGAUCGCGAUUUCAAAGGCACCAUAGCUUUGAGUAACGUGCCCUUCCCCACCUCUCAGGCACAGGUAACGCUCGUCGAGAGCUUUUGAAUAAACUUUGGAUUUGUCAAUCGCUUAGCGGUUCUAAUGGACAUUCCUCGAAGUCAGGCAUUUUGUUUGGUUGUAGGCUGUAUGACCAUUGAACACAUAGCCAUGUCGCUGGAGAGAAACAAUCACAAGAGUUGUACAUCCUUGAAUUUCUUUUUCCUCACAAAGUUGUAUAACUAUCCCACAU